AACGACGACACAAGACUUCUUUCUCUUCUUCUCUUCUCUUUACCUGAAGCUCGAGUUCAAUAUCAAUUAUAAAAUGAUCUAUUAUUUAUUUCAAAUACCCUUUAUCAUUUCUUAAAAGAAGGAGAGAUAGAGAGAGAUAGAGAGAGAGAGAGAUCUUCCAAUCAUUUCUUUCCAUCCAUACCUCCAAACCCUCUCCCCAAGUUUCCCCCCCAAUCUAACAAUUUCGUCAGCCUUGGGGCUUUCAAGAAAUUCAAUUUAUUCCAAGGAAAAUCAUUCCACCAACUGGCAAAUAUAUCCUCAAAAUGUCUGCCAACGAUCAGUUUCCUCAGUCUGGUAUAAUAAUUGCUGGUCAAGAUGAAGAAAUUGAUACUAUGGGGAAACUUACAAAUUCUGUACUUGAUGAUAUGUUCUACAAUAUCAUUCAUGACAUAGUAUUACAAACUCAUCGCGAAGAGAAAAUAGCAAAGGCAUGUUCUGCUGCUAUUGCCAUUGAACAAAAAGUCGCAGAAACCAAUCCUGAUUUAAUAGACGAUCCUACUUCUUGGAACACAAAUCAAAUUAUAGAAACCGACGCGGCGAAGUGGGAAAAUAAAGAAGUCUUCUUAAAAGGCAAUCCAUUAGAAUUGGUCGAUGAGAUUAUUUGCGCAAAGUGUGGUUUGCCUCGACUUUUACAACCUACAGAUGGGGUGGGAGCAAAGAAACCUCCUCCAGGAAAGGAGUUCUGCAAGAAGAAGCCUUUCAUUGAGAAACCAUGGCAUGAUGUUUAUGGUCAAACUUAUGUGCCAGAAGGACCAGGAAGGGGAAAGAAGAAGAAGGACAUGAUCAACCCUUUACUACAACAACAGAAAGAAGGGACACCAAAUAGUCAGGAUGGUGAAGAUGAAGGACCUGCGAAACCAAUUUCUUUCCCUCACGCCAAAUGUCACAAUUGCAAUACAUUCUUACCGAUUAAGCGAAUGAACAAUCAUAUGGUGAAAUGUAUUGGAGGUGGAGGGAGAGAUUCUGCAAGAGCAGCUGCCUUCAAAAUCAAUGGAAAUGGAUUGGGUACGGGAAACAAUAGUCAAAAUGGUACACCACCAUUAAGUCGACAAGCAACACCACAACCCAAUGGAGGAAAGAGAGGUAGUCCCAAUAAACGCGAAGCAGCCGAUGAUCCAGAUUUCGAAUCCGAUUCUCCACAAAAGAAGAAGAAAUUCUUGAAGAAACCAGGUAGCUCGGGUGGAAUUAUUCUGAAGAAUAAGCUCAAAGCUCCGAAAAUGACAAAAACACCUUCACAGCUUUCCUCAUCAAAUCUGAGUUUCGAACACAAAAGACCGGAUAGUGACGAUGAUAAUGAUUCAGGAGAUGAUGAUCGAGAUGGUGAAUAUGGAAGAAGAACCAGCAUUGAACCGAAGAAGAAAAUGUUAGUCAAUAAGACAGGGGCGGGAAUAGUCAAGAAAAAUAAGGACGGUGGUGGUCUUGGUAUUGCUGGGUUGAGCGAUAAAAAGAAGAAGAAAUUAUUAUUGGGAAGACCGGGGAGUGGUAGUUCAACACCAGUCCUGAAACCAGGUUCAUUACCAAUGGAUGAGGAUCGAGAGAGGGAAAGAAAGAAGAUCAAGAAUGGAAAUGGGAGUGGAACUUUGAGUGCUCACAAGAGAGAUAGAGAGAGAGAAAGAGAAAGGGAGAGAGAUAGGGAUUGGGGUGCGGAUGAGAAAUCUGAGAGUAGUCAGACUUUGUCUAGUCCAAAUUGAGGGGGGCUGUGAACUGGAAGGAAAAGGUGCGUGGGAGGCGUUGAAUUUGAGUGGCUGAGGGCUGCAAUAGAAAGAAAAGAGAACUCAUGAGUUCCUUAGUGUAAGACCAUGGUGGGAUGAACAUUUGAAAGGCAUUGAUGGGGAACAGGAUUCCAAUGGGUAACAUACAUGCAUAUGGCUGGCGUUCAUUUCUUACUUCUUCCAUGUUCAGCAUUCAAAUGUGCAUAUACACAAACGUUUCGGAGGAAGAAUAUACCUGAGGUAUGGUGUUUACAUUGCUACCGGUGCUGAAAAUGUAUCGGGAAUGCAUUGGGGGUAUACAUUCGGCGUUGCAUUAUCUUGUUUUUCGUUUUUUUUUGUUCACGUUUCGUCUUGGACGACUCACUUGGUAUUUAUGAUGGGAAAGGGUUGAUGGAUUGGUGGAUGGGGUGUGGAAAUGGGGAUGGAGGGGAUGAUACCCGUUAGUUAGGAAAGGAAGGGGAAUAUAAUACAAUAUACUUUA